UGUGUUUAGCCUUUUCAUGUUUUUUUAUUUAAAUUUGACGUGUAUUUACUUUUUAGCAGACGAUCAAUCUCCCACUCGCGCAGGGAUAUCAAACAAAAAUAGUCCACUAUCCACAUCACUUGCAAACUAUAAUAAUUGGAACCUAAAAGUUUGAUUUGUUUAUCAACUGUUAAAUUUAACUUUGUAGUAUUUUAUUUCUUGUUAGGUUCUGUACUUUCUCUUCGCAUGCCUCGCUUCAACGAUUCAUAUUGCUUCACCGUCAACAAAACUUGGGCCUCGAGGAAUAUCACGUGAUACACAAUGUGAAACAGCUGUAUAACGUAAGAGGUUGAAUGGAUCUCGCACUUAUAAUGACGUUUACAUAAGUAUAGUAUACUAAAAUGUUUCUCAUAUCUCAUAUCUCCAGACUUAACGCCGCUGUGUUGAUCUGAUUUUAGUAAUCGUACAGUUAUCGCAGUGGACAGGUUUUGGGUUACACUGACCUUUUAUGGCAUAUUUUGCGUGCACUCCGAUUGGCUGAAUUUCCGCCCUCCUUAUUUCAGGUGGGAAAAAGAAUUCCGCGACCCGCAUGACGAGACGAGCUCUGUAACUGUCACGUGACCUGUGUUCAUGGCGCCCACCAGGUCGUACUGAUAGUUUCACAGUAUUCCGGACAAGAUUUCUUGACUUCUGAAUCUCCACAUGUGAUCAGCACUACUCAAGCGUGACCGAGCCUGUUACACUGAAAGACUCUAUGUAAUCAAAACACGUUGAUACCAUCUGACGUGUGAACAUUUACCGAACUCCGUCAGUGUGUUGUCAACCGCCAUUUGCUGGUGAGCUGUUGCAUUACACAAGAGGGUCAGGUGUUGUGCAUUGACAUUCAUUGCUUCAGACUGGUCUUUAGCUAUGGCGGCAGUAGCCCAGGCCCAUGAAAGAGAGUGUCCUGUGUGCACUAAUGACUUCACAACACCAAAGAUUUUACCCUGUGGUCAUCUCCUGUGUCGACAAUGUAUCAUUUCAUGGAUGGACUCAAAAUCCGACGCUGGUUGUCCUCUGUGUACCUGUCCUAUAGUAGAGCAACAAGGCAAUUCAUCUCCAAUAGCAGUUGAUGUUGUCGACGCCCUGCCUACAGACUCUGUGAUGGAAGCGAUAGUAGAAAAUGCUCCCGUGCUGAUGAGUGAUGGCAUGUGCACCGCAUGUGAUGACCUCAAAGCUGAGUACGUCUGUGUGCACUGUUUAGAAAAAAUGUGUCCAUCGUGUAUGAAGAUACACAAGAAGAUGAUAGCUACCCGCAGUCACGAUGUGGAGAGUGUCAGCACUGUGACACCUGAACGUCUGGCUGCCAGUCGCCCUGCACUGUGUGCUGAACACGUCACCGAGAAGGCGGAGUUGUUUUGUGUUGAUCACAACCUUGCUAUCUGUACAUCAUGUUUUUCUAACAAACACAGGGCCUGCCUAGACAUCAAGUCUCUGGAUGAAAAAAUGAAGUCAGCUGAAGACGCAUUAAAUUCAUUGAGAGAAAAGUUGCUUGAAGCAGGGGAUAACCUGAAGCAAGAAAUAGUCAACCUAAAUGUGCGCGUGCAAACAGCGGAUGUCACUGAACAACAAAACAUGGCGCUGGUAGACAAGACUUGUGACCAACUUCAGAAGAUGGUGGACGAGUGUCGGAAACAAGUGAAGAAACUGAUCAGUGAUUCUGUGUCAAAGUUCAAGAAAUCCUUGUGUGACUUCAAAAUCGAGCUGGAAAAACGUUUAGGGAAAGUGACGUCACACAAACAUCUCGUGACGCGAGCCACAACAGUCAGACCACGUCCCGCGCUGAUACACGCAGCCCAGACUCUGACAGACAGGGUCAACAGCCUUGACCUCAGUGAUGACUUGGAAGCAGAGCCUUGGGUGAAUCCAUCGCCAGAAAUAACGAAAUGUUGUGACGAUGUGGUGACAGAUAUAAGCGAUGAGCUAAUAGGCUUGAAAGGACUGCUUAUCGUUGAUGAAAAACCAGUCUUUGUGUUCCACGAAACCUGUGGGAUCAACAUUCGUCUGACGAACUUCAGAAAGACCGCACGUAAGGUUGAGCCUGAUAAGUACGGCAACAAUACGGUCUUUUCACGUGACGUCAUGGCUGUGAACGUCUUGUAUGAAGUCAGAAUAGACGAAAUGAAUACGCCAGCCGGAAGCAAUCUAUUCCUUGGUGUGAUGAGAGUCCCUCCUACACCAGUCACUCUGCCGACGUGGUCUGAGCACCCGAAAGAUUCCGUCAUUCUUUGGCAAGCUGGAGUGCGCUACAAGGAUAUCGAUAUCAAGACUAAUGUCGCUGAAGCUCUCAAAUUCCUCAAAGUCGGGAGUCGUGUUGGACUGUUGGUGGACUCAUCAAACAACCUUCACUUUUACGUCGAUGGAGACGACCAGGGUGUUGCAGCAAAAGAUGUUCCUUAUCCCUGCUUCGCAGUCUUUGACCUUGACAGCACUGUCAUUCAGGUGACAGCACUUCCUACUUCUGAGAGGACAUGAUUGUGAUUAUCAAACAGCGACAAUAACAACAGCGAUAACACUUAUGUUAUCUACGACGACAUCGAUUCUGGCAAUGAUUUUAUUAACUCUACCCUUGUAACAUUUAAAGAGAGUGCUAUACGAACGUAUGCGAGCGCGUGUAAACAUCAACAUGUAAACUUCGCUCGCCGCACGUUUUACCUUUUUCAAGAAAAAGGUCCGGCCAGCAAUUAACACAUUUAAUGUUUUAAAAAGAAAUGAAUGACAAUAAAUGAGAAAGAAAACACUAAAACUAUUCUAUUGCUUACUGUCUACCCUAAUAACUAGUAACUUCCCCGACAUUCGACACUCCUUCCAUCAGGUAAUCCGAUACGAGCAGUCCAGCGACUCGCUGUCCACACACACACACUAUAUCCAAACGAAUCCCAAGCCGGUUACGUCCACACGUGUCCAGACGAGCGACACGUUAGAGCUGGAGAUCAACAAAGUUCCAAGGCAACAGCCGCUGUAUCCCUUGUGCUGGUGUCGUCGCUGUUCUCCUCGUCGGUAGGAAGGUGUCGUUCAGGUCUACUCGUCAGUAGAUAAGUUUUAGCAUCCGUUGUAAUGUGAUGCUGUGCGUAUGUCCAUAACACAGAUCUCAUUCUGUAUACCCUGACUAUAUCCACUACACUCCUCCUCAGCAGACUAGGCGAUGACUCAGCUCCACCUCUUAUGGGAUGAACGUUGGCGUCCGUUAACAAUGUCGGAGGUCUUACUCCUCAAGCUGCUCUUCUCUCUCUGUCCAGGGCAACGUGACUUUGCCUAAGUUAACUUUCUCCUCUACUUCUUUUGACCAAUCAGGCCAUUAGCAACGCGGUAACUAGGACGACUGCUUAGCGAUUCCUCGUGGGGUCCAUGCCGACCAAUGAUAACCUCUGUACCGUGUAGUCGGCAUGGCUCUCACCUCAAUCGGCCGCAGUCGCCAUAGUUACGCCUAUGACAACUCUCCCUACGUCAAAACACAUCGAAUGACGUGAAUAAUCCGCGUGGGGAUUGCGUCAGCGUUCGCGUGAGUGCUCUCCCCUGGUACUACAGACAACAAACAAUUAGAACGAAAGAAAUAACAUUCGCUUUGAAUCGCAAAUCGUUACAACCCUGUGCUAGUGUUUUGAAAAAAUAGAUGGAAUGAACUUACAAAAACAAAUAAUACAAAUAAAAAUUUUGCUCUUCACACUACCUAACAGACUAAAACAAUAAACUUUGUGCUAGCUGAUCUGGUGACCAUUUACUUCAUAUUUUGUCUUAUUUACUUUCAUUUUUUAUUUCUUCUUAUGUGUGACUUGUUAUAGCAAGAAAGGUCAUGGUACAUUUACAGGACUAUAUCACAAGUAGACACAUUUUACUUGUUUUUCAAGCUGUUGUUUAUCAUGUACUUUUAGAGUAGUUGGUUUAAUUGAAAUGUCAUAUGAAUUCAUUACAUUUUAGUUUACCACGUCCUAUAUAAUUUUUUGUGCGGUAAUUUGUAUUCUAUGGCGAUAGACUAUUUUUUGUAGUUUUGUUUUAAUGACAACUUUGAGCCCAAGCUGAUAAAACCAAAUGAACAGUUUUAAAAAUACAUGUAUGCUAGCAGACUACCUUAUAAUGUAGGUUGUUUAUAAGUUUUUGGACGUUGGAGACUCAUUGUAACACAUAUCACUCUUUUUCCAUUGUAUAGACAUCAAUGAAUGAAACUUCUCAUUAGUUUUAUUAUGUCCUCCUCUUACCUCAGUUGUCUUCUCUAGCUAAUGGACUGAAGAACAUAAAUAAAUAAAAAAAUGAUA